CUUCGUGAAAAGCAAGAAAAGUUUUGUGAAGAAAUAUUUAAUUUUGAUACCUUAAUGUGCAGAUCUAACAAUAUACAGUUCAUUACUCUGAAAAUGUUAAUGUUAUAACUCGGACACAAUGUCAACUUCAGAAACAGAUUGUCUAAAAGAUACAGUGGGUGUCCUUAUAGACGCGAUUGGAGACAACGAUAACGCUGUGAGCAAUGUUGUGAUCAAGUCCUUAACUAAAAUAGCUAAUGUGUACCCAAAUGAAGUCAUAGAAAUAUUCUGUGAAUUUUAUCAAAACAAAGUAAAAAUAAGUACAACACAAUUAGGAAACAUAGUCAAGGUACUGGAGCAAACAUGUGUCAAUCAAAUAAAGAAGUUGGAUGCCAAGGUUGCCUCAGAUCUAGUCAACGCAAUGCUGCGAGCUAUGAUGGACAAUCCAUCACAUGAGCCUCUGGUGCAGAUGGGGGCAUCGUCAGUGCUAGUUGCUAUCAGCCAUGAACACUUGGAUUUGGUGCUCCGGUCACUGAUCAACCAACUAACUCCAGCGUCCGUGCCGCACUACACAGUCGCCCACACGCUGGGAACACUGGCUGCGGUCAACACUCACGAGCUGGUGCCACACAUCAAGGAGAUCCUCGGCAAAAUGUUACCUGUCCUCACACUAGUCAAGCAGGACAGUAUCAAACAGUCUUUUGCUUAUGCAUUUGGACAUUUUGCUGUGGCCGUGGCAGAGCAGAUCGGCGACAACGUUCAGAGCGGAGACAUAACAUCCAUCAAGGAGAAUUUUGUCACUGAGUUUUCUAUAGUGUUUGACGUGCUUUACAACCAGUGGCUGCCGUCUCACGAGCCCAAAGUGUCGGAGUCCGUGCUAGAAGCACUCGGACCUAUCACCAGGCUCAUUCCGGAGCGUCAAUUCAACGAGACUGUCAAUAAAUUCGUCCUUUCACUGCUGUCGUUGUACCGCAAGCCCAUGAUUAACUGCUACUACAUCAGUCAGUGUAUAUCGUACUUAGUCGCCCCCUCAUCGCUCAACCCGAAGCUCAAUUUAAACGAGAACGUCAUCUACUCAAUAAAUCAUAUCCUAUUCAACUUGGUUCUGCUGGAGCCGGACUACGAUCAGCCGCAGUCGGUGAAGAAUCACUUCGAAGUGCUGCGAGUCUUCGACCACAUGGCCAGCCAGUUUCCCGACCAGACGAUCGAAAAUCUGCUUCACCUGUGCAAACACAAUCAGGAAAAGGAGAGAAUGAAAUCGGUCGUGAUUCUGACGCAUCUGACGACGUCGUCGCAUGUCUUCGUCGAGAAUUUCGCCUCCAAAUUCAUCGCCCUACUCAAAGUGAUGAUAAUGAUGGAGCAGGGGAUUAAGAUGAAGAAGCUGCUAGUGAAGGCGAUAGUUGGCCUAGUGUACAGAAACUGCAUAACCAACACCGAGGAUUUCACAAUGGUCGAGUUCAUAAUCAAACAUUGCGGCGUCGAAAUCCCGAAUGCUUCGAAGACGGACGUUCUAGACCUGCGCGACACCUGCAAGAGCUCGAUGGUGCUCAUGUGCAAUACGGUCACGAGCGUCAGGAGUCAGCUGCUCACCCUGCUCCUGCAUGCCCUGACGUUGGAGGAGCUGACGCCCUCCAUGUCGACGGUCAGCCAGUGCCUGACGUCCCUGCUGCAGAACAACUCCGAGGACGACGACAAGUCCGACGCCGUAGUGGAUCUCAAGAUCUCCCCGGACCUCGUAUUCGUCAGGUGCAUCAUGCACGUCGCGGAUCCGGACGAGAAGGAGAGAAACAAGAAUUUGCUCGUGUUCCUAGAGGAGUACGCGGGGGACGUGCACAAGAAUUUGAAGACCCUGUGGACCGUGGAGAUCCAGCGUCUGCUCAAGUUCGUGGAGAAAAACGAAUCGAGGGAGGAGUGGCACAGGAUGCUGCUCGACCUCCUGGUCUCGGCCGUCGAGCAGGUGAACAACAACAAGUGGGUCGAGAUUAUAGCGACGCUGAUAUCGCAGCAGAUCCUGAUCAAGAAGAACCAGCCGAUGAUCAAGGGAGUCUCCCUUCAGUACCUGGCCGUGCUCUCAUGCCACAUCUCGAACGCCGCGGCCGUCGAAACUAUUCUGAAGAUCAUAGUUCUAGCCCUGCGAGCGAUCCCGAUGGACAGCGUGUACUACGUGAGCGGGGCCGUCGGCAUCGCGUCGCGGCAGCACGGGGAGUUCAUACAGAACGAGCUCGACGUCAUCUACAAGGAGAACGAGGCGAAGCGCGGCAACAAGCUGCUCAAUUUCUUAUCCUCUAGAUCGUCGAAGAAUGAGCUGGAGCUAGGGGUAGUAAAAUACGCGAUAAUAACAUGCUAUGGAUGCGUGGCGCGCGAGUGUCUGGACCCACACGUGCUGGCGCGGCUCGGGGAGAACGUCACCUCCAUACUGUACGACAUUCUUAAAGCCGGACCAUCCUACGACUUGUGCAGGGCGAGCAUAACGACCCUGUACGAGAUCAGCAAGGCGCUCCAUCCUGCCGCGCAUCACAACGUGGGCCUGAGAAACCGCUGGCAGCUUCUGAACGCCGUCCUCGAGCAAAUAUACAAUUCCAAUCUCGAGAGGAGGAACGUCGAGUUGUAUCCCAUCAUCGUGAAGGCCUCCAAGGGUCUCACCAAGUUGCAGAAGGGUAUUCUGCCGGAGGAACGGAAUACGAUCCUCAGGGUGUUCUUCAACAGCAUAUUCGGGGAGCUCUCGUCCUUCAAGAAGAAGUACGAGCUGGAGGGAAACGACCACAAAAACGACUUACUUGCGAAGACCUUGAACGACUCGCUGAAUCUCCUGCACGACCUGAUCAAGGAGUUGAUAAUCCAGUCGACGUGCUUGAGCACCAUCGACGACAUAGUCGGCCUGCUGGUCGAGUGGAUACGCCACGAAAACGACGAGAUCCGAACCGCCGCAACCUUGAUCCUGCAGGUCGUCUUCGACGCGUACAUCAAGAACGUGAAGCUGAACUACGAGACUCCCAGCAAGUUUGGGCAGAUGGGGUACCUCCUUGGUCUUGUCGUCCCGGGCGUGGCGGACACCAACUUCCCCGUGCGGUUGACCACCAUCGAUUGCGUCAAGAUCAUCAUACAGAUCCAAGAUCUCUACGAGGGCCACAUCACUGAGGCCGACGACGAAUAUAUCGUUGGGCUAACGCAACUACAGAACAAUAUCCUCACCAACGACCUGGGCAUGAUAGCGGACUACUGCAGCAAGCUCUGCGCUACCAUAACGCCGAAAAUCCCCCAUCUCCACACGAUGCAGUUCAUAGAGAGUUUGCUGGAAGGUUACGACGAUCAGGAGAACAGGGGUGUCGGAAGCAGCGCCGUUUUGGACGAGUUUUUCGUGAUCAAAGGUCAGGAGUUGUUCCAAAACGUGGAGCGUAUAGUGGAGGUGAUACUUGGGACGAUGGAUCGAGUGAAUGAUGAUGCUCGCGGUAGACUGCUUAAACCGCUACUGUCUCUCACAAGAAACCAUUCUAACGCUGUCACUGCUGUACUGCUGGGCCAGAAGAUACCGCUUAGCUCAUCUGUUAUAACGUGUUGGCGCUACUUGGCCAGGGACGAGAACAUUUCGGAAUCCAUAGUGGACAAUUUCUUACGACUUAUGACUUCCAUAGAACUAUAUGAAGACCCCUACCACAUUACGGAGAAUCGCAUUGCUGCUCUGCAACCACUAACUCUCAUCAGCGCGCUUGGCGAGAUGCUUCAAGAGCCGGCUAUGCGGCCGAUAUGUAUAGCCAAGUUCGCCGACCUAUUCACCGUGUUAUACACAACACUAGCGUGUUACAUAGACGCCGUGGCCCCCGCAUAUUCGGUCCCAGCAAACAAGGGCCACGAGAGAUUCGGCAUCAUCCCCAACAGAGAAGCCAUCAAGCUGUCCCCAGCCAAAAUAACUAUUAACACGUUCAAUGCCUUCCUAGAGAGAUCUGAUUGUGAUAAGGUGCGCGACGCAUGUUCAAUAUGGCUGAGCGGGCAAUACACAGAGGGCGGGGCCUCUGAACUGGCGGCGCUAGCGGGUGGGGCGCUGUGUCGGGCGGCGGCGGCGCACCUCCCCCGCCUCGCCGCGCGCCUCGCGAAUGCCGCCCGCCACCCCCUGCCCCCGCCGCGCCGCGCCGCACACGCGUUAUUAGCUGAGCUGCUACACUACAGAUGUAACGACAACCCAGUAGUGAUGGAGACUGCGCUAGCUACUCUGUCGGCGGGGUGGCGGGACGCGGCGCCGGGCGUGCGCGCGGCGUGCCUGCGCGGCGCGGCGCACAUCGUGCACCUCAACGCCCCGCAGCGCGCCGCAGCCUUGCCCAACGCGCUCGCUGCACUCAGUGAGGGCAUCGAUGCGCCGUAUACGCAGUCUCAGGUGGAUAACGUGCCACUGGCCGCGAUGCAGGGUCUGACGCGGCUGCUGGCCGACGCCGAGCUCGACCGCGCCGCGCAACGCGAGAUCACUGCCGUGGCGCAGAAGGUCCGGCCGUACAUGUCGUCGUCGUGCGCCGUGACGCGGGCGGCGGCGGUGCGCGUAUUCGGUCUGGCGGCGCGCGCGGCGGCGGCGCGGGAGGCGCUGGCCGACCAGGCCGUCGCCUGUCUGCCCACCCUGCUGCUGCACCUUAAUGAUGGGGAUGCUGAUGUUGUCAGGGCUAGCAAGUUCACUUUACGCAUCGUGUUCGGUCUGCUGGAGACGCCGCGCACGAGCGCGUUCGUGCAGACGCACCUGGUCGAUGAGGGCCGCCUGCACGUGGAGGAGUUCCUGCGCGCGCUGCUGCGGACGCUGGCGGACGAGCGCGCCGACACGCUGCCCGGCGUCGCGCGGCACGCUGCACGACACCUGCACGCGCCCGCCGACCUGCGACACCCCGCGCUGCUCAUCGGUAUCCUAUACGAGGAGCUGAACCGCGUGCGCGACGCAACAGACGAGGUAGAGAAGGAGGUGACGUCGUCGACGCGCGUGCGGCUCACGCAGCUGGUGCGGUCGGGCGAUGUGGCCGCGCGCCCCGCCGCCGCCGCCGCCCUCGCCGCGCUAUGCCUCUACGAAUGCGCCUGACGUAGCUCCGCCCCUGAGCGCGCCCGCACUCGUUCGCGUCACGCCCGCAUGCGUACGCUGGCCUGACAUCGCUCCGCCCACAAUCGUCACGCCCCUAAUGUUUUGCGUGCAGCGGACGGCAUGAGUACGCUCGCCGUACGCAAUUAAAUUUAAUAACAGCCACACUCGGAGACAUUUGAUGAUUACCUAACAUUUUAAAGAAGGUCUUGACAUAAGCUUAAUAAAUUUUCUGUUAAAUUCCUCAUUCAAUUAAAGUUAUGUAAUAAUAUACGUAUCUGAGUGCGGUCGUUAAAUGAGACGAAGUGAAGAUCUUUAUGAAAUAGUAACGUUAUGAAUUAUAAAUUUUCAAAAAAAUUUGAACAUUCAAGAAUAUACGGCAGGAUUUAGGUAAGCUAGAAAGCAUGGAUAGUUUUACGUAAUGACGUCUCAUAAUGCUUCUGAAAAUGGUAACAUUAUCAUUAGCCCCAAUUUUACCAACGUCUGUUAGUGUUAACAGCGUGUUAAAAUAUUAUUAUGUCUUCU